CGGGGAUUGUCGCCGAGAAUCUGAGCUCCUGAGUCCUGGCGAACUGCAGUGCGAGAAUCGGAGCUGAGAAUCUUUCAUUCUUCAGUUUUCUGAAGGAUAAGACUUACCAGCUUUCAGGCGUUCUAGCGUCCUGCUUUCCUGCGUAGUGCCUGCUUUCCGAUUGCGUUAGACAGCCCCCCACCGUGAGUUAGACAGCAUCCGAGAGGCGCCACACCAUGGCGUCUCUCUUCAGCCUCGUUGACCAGGCGUUUGUUAUGCCCCUCGAGCACAUCGCUCACUUUAUCCGAGAGGGAGCAUGUGAUUUCACAGAGGUGCUCUGCACCAGUCUGAGUGAGGUCGCUGGAGGGGAUCUCCUCGCAGAGACCGUUCGAGGCCUGGUUGGUGGGGCCCUGGAGGCGCUUCUCCCAGUAGAGGAGAAGGCCCCGGUGCAGGUGCACUGGGGGGUGUUGAGUGAGCUUGUAGAGGGAGAGGAGGAGGAGAGAGAGGGAGAGGGGGAGGCGGUGAUGCUGUCUCUUACUGUCCAGGAGGAGGAUGACGUGGCGGGGUCUCCCUGGGCAGACUGCGCAGAGGGUGACCGCCAGCAGGCGCCCUCUGCAGGGCCCCUCCCUGACAUGGCCGACGUCCCCCUCGCCGCUGCCUCUGCGCCCGACCAGACGGAGCAGCGGGGCACCGGUGCAGUGGAGGUGGAGGCCACUAUCACUGCGGAGGAGGCAAAGGGUCUCGAUGAUUUCUUGCUUGCAAAGGGCUUGCCCUCGUUCGAGGCUCUUUGCGCACCCUCUGCCGCGCCCCUCGCUGAGGCGGCCGCAGACCCCUCCGUCGCUGCCCCUGCGCCCGCAGACCCCCACACGCCCAGCCCCCAGAAGGAGCAGCGGGGCAGCGGCAGGGGCGGGUCGUCAUCCGCAGGGGGGGGUCUCUUCAGCUCAGACGCCUUCACCCUCCCCAGUGACGACGGCACCCUCUUCUCAGACCCCCACUUUGAGUACCAGCCCCUCCCAUCCCCCGACGCUCGUGCCCUCUCCAUGAUUGUAGCACUCGAUCGGCAGCCUACCCCACAGCUGCUUGAGACCCUGUCGGCACUUGGCUUCUCAGAGGUCGUGCACAUUGGUGGAGAUGCGAGGGCAGAGUGUGAGGCGGUCACAGAGGUCCUUGGGUGCAGUACUAGAGUGUCAGAGACAUUGGGGAUCAGUGAGGGUGAGACGGUGGCGCCGAGUUACGCGGAGGCGCUGCUGCCGGAGGGGGUCCUGACGGACAUGGAGGCGGACGGGGCUGGGGCUACGGAGGAGGCGAUGACGCCGACGGCGCGGGGACAGGACCAGUCGCAGGCCAGCACGGCUGCUCUGCGCAUCCCGUCCCCGUACUCGUUUCUGGAGGGGGCCCUGGAGUACUACCCAAACGUCACGCUCGACAGGGAGCUGGGCAGGGGCGGGCAGGGCGCGGUCUACUUGGCGCUCGCGACUCGCCCGACGGGAGAGGCCUUCCUCGUGGCCGCCAAGGUGCCGCUGGCGUGCCUCCCGGGGGACUACUUGCUGCCCGAGGCCCUCAACUGGAUCGAAUGCGCUUCGUGCCCGAACCUGAUUCCGCUCCUGGGGUUCACGAUCCAGCAGGACACGUUCAUUCCGCUCUUUGGGCUGGCGGAUCCGUCCCCCGCCUGGACGGAAGCGGGUGUCAGGGUGCAGGAAAGCCCCUUUGAGCUGUACCGGGUGGCGGUGUUUGCGCACCACAUUGCGCGCGCGCUCGCGGCCAUGCACAGCCUCGGCUGGCUGCACUGUGACGUCAAGACCGACAACCUGCUCCUCAAGGACGGCUGCCCGGUGCUAGCCGACUUCGGGCUGGCCAUCCACGAGCGUGACGCGCCGGGCAGGGGGUUGUGCGGCAGCCGGGGCUACAUCGGCCCCGAGGUGUACCUGAAGGGGUAUCACACGCAGAAGGCCGACGUCUUCGCCCUCGGUGUCGUCAUUUGGGCGCACGUCACGGGCGGCCGCCCCCACUACGGCUUCCGCGACACGCGGGCGCUGCUCGCGUGGAUGGCCCUGGGCGGGUGGUACUCGUGGCCCGCGGAGGUGCACGCCCACGGCGGCGACCUCAUGGCGCUGGCCGAGCGCUGCUGCGACGCCAACCCCGACCGGCGGCCCACCGCGUGCCAGCUGGCAGACGAGCUGCACGACGUUGCGGAGCUGCUGCGAGCGCAGUGCAGCGACACGGACAUGGCGCGGGGGUGGGAUGGCUAAAGGAGGGAGGAGAGAAAUUGGUCCAUUGCGUGGAGAAGAUUGGGGACGGAUUCUUCAGCAGGAGAUGAUUGGUCCCGGUCAGGCGUGUUGAGUAUAUUAGUGGAUGAUUGUCAUUGCGCGCGCGCCAUAUCGAGAGUAGCAGGAAUGUAGUAUAGAGAUAGACCGGACUGGACGAGUUGCUUGAGGGGGGCGGUAUUACAUUACAGAAAACUGCUUCUGGAGAUUAUUAAUGCAGCAAUAGUGUGUUGUGCUUCGGCGAGUUGGUGCUAUAGAAUAAGAGUGUCAAGCGGCGGGA